AGGGAAUGAAGCUAUGAAUAGUGUAUCCAAUCACGACGAGGUGAGUGUAAUCUGAGACGGAAGGGAGGAGGAUGAAAGGAUGGCCGAGAGACGAGCAACUUGGCAAGCGGAGAUCUAUCGAUCGCUUGAUAGAGCUUGGCGGGUAUAAAGACUUCAUCCUCUUCCAAUCCUCUUCCCGAGCUUGCUCUUUCAUUAUUCUUUCCUCAAAUUCGCCAUCGCAAGUACCGCCGUCGGCCAUCAUAACGAACUGCCUUCAUUUGCACGAGCAGUUCUACAAAUUCGACUUCAUCAACCGCAGCCACCAAUUAAAACUAUAAACUACUUCAUUCAAAGCAGCUAACAGUCGGCGCUGAUACCCAUCUCGCCUCCAAACUUUGCCUUCCUCCACGACCCUGGCUACUGCCUAAACCUAUUUCUCGGUUCCAUAUUGCACCCGGUUCCAAACUCGCCAGAUUUACUUGACACGUAUAUACGUUUAAGUACCACUACUUUAUACCAUGGCUGCUGUCCCUCCCGUCCCUCCUCGUCCUUUUGAUUCUUACCAGGAUUAUCACAAUCCAUCUAUAAGGGAAUUGGCGCCGCCUGUCCCUCCUCUUCCACCUGACUUCAGGCCCGAAGCCGAGCAUUCCUCUCCUCCGCACUUCGAGGAUCCCCUUGUUGCUCCCAGGCCUCAGAAGCUACAACCUGAUAUACCUGCAAACAUGGUCCGCUCACUUGACGAACAACUAUCGGCGCCCUACUCUCAGCCUCCCGCUCCUCGUCCCCCAUCAGAUUAUUACGCUUCACCUCAGCCGAACCUCAUGCCUGGCUUCGCUUUUCCGACGCCUAAUAAUGCUCCUCCGCGAGGUGUCAGUCCUUUGCCACCGCCACAGGGUUCAGACUGGAGCCCUUGGAACGCAGGUCCAGCACCUCAGCAACCUUAUCCUCCAUACCCUCAGCAGCCAUACCCUUCAGCACCAUAUCCACCACAUCCAGAGGAUACAAUGACUUCUUCCUUCGGUGCACUUUCACUCGGUCCUCAGCAAAGCUCACCACCACCAAUGACUGCAUACCCGCCCUACGGUCCACAGUCAGCAUCACCUCGUCAUGAUCCUACAAGCUCGCCUCCCCGCGGAACUGCGCCUCUCCAGCCAAAGCAUCACUCUCGUGCGCCCUCAGGUCAAACACCCUACCAAGGCAGUCCAUCAGCUUCCGGUGCACCCCUGGCGCCUCCGUCUCUUACAGCACCUCUUCCUACCAUUGCCUCAUUGACUGCUGCUUUGUCUUCUAUUCAACAGCCGAAUUUCGACCCAGCUCGCAAAGUCACCUGGGCGCGCGAUGUCCUCGCACUCGUCGAUCGUGCUCAUCAGACGCAGACGAAUAGUGCCAAUGCGCCUAAUGUCAAUUCAACUGAUGUUCCCGUUGGCCCUGUUCGCAUUGGAGAUGGUCAACUUCAACGUCUCGUCGAUGUUGCCAUUCCGAUCGUUCUCCAGGUAUCUUCACCGCAGCCUAUGCCGAGUCCGAUGCCGCCUUACGUCGCUGAGGCGAUCUAUUUACGCGCAGUCUGUGAGGCUUCAGGCGCGUACCCUCAGCACAUUCCCCAUAAUCCUAGAACGGCCUUCAGAGAUUUUGAGGCUGCGGCAAAGAACGGGUAUCAUGCCGCGUGGUUUAAACUCGGAAGAGAUUACGAGAACUUUGGAGAUAUGGGUCACGCCAAAGACUGCUUCGAGCGAGGCGUCAAGUAUGGUGUGGAGAGCUGCCUCUAUCGUAUGGGCAUGGCUCAUCUUAUGGGUCAGCUUGGCCUUCCUUCGUCUCCGGAGAUAGCGCUACCUUUGCUCCAACGUGCAGCUACACUCGCUACUGUAGAGGUUCCUCAACCCGCCUACGUCUACGGUCUCUUGUUACUCUCCGAGUUCUCGCAUAUCUCUCUACCACCUCACCUUUUCCAACCACUCGUUCCGUCUGGGUCGACACCUCAAGCUGAAGCCCGAAAGCACCUUGAACGUGCUGCUUUCCUCAACUUCGCUCCGGCCCAAUACAAACUCGGCCACUCCUACGAAUAUGCUACACCCCCGUUCCCAUUCGAUGCUCUGUUGAGUGUGCAAUAUUACUCACUUGCUAGUCAGCAGGGCGAAGUCGAAGCAGACAUGGCAUUGAGCAAAUGGUUCCUAUGUGGUGCCGAGGGUGCAUUCGAGAAGGACGAAGCCCUUGCUUUCACCUUUGCGGAGAAAGCGGCCAAGAAGGGGUUGCCCAGUGCGGAGUUUGCGAUGGGCUACUAUGCUGAAGUUGGCGUUGGCGGGCCGAAGGACCUUGCUGCUGCAAGGGACUGGUAUACCAGGGCUGCAGACCAUGGUAAUGCUGAUGCUAAUGAUCGUCUUAAAGCGCUUUCGCAGCCAGCACCUCUUUCGCUUUCGAGACAGGAGCAUGAGAGUCUCACGGAUACUACGCUCGUCAGAAAGCGUACUCAAGCGAAACAACGUUCUGAAGCUCGUGGUUCUGUUGCGAGUGCCGGAUCCUCUUUGCCGAACACUGAUAAGCGAAAGAUCAUGGAGAGCGUUCGCAAGAACUCUUUGGUUGGUCCUGUGGCAGUUGGUGUUGGUGUUGUGGGUGCGGCAGGUGGUUAUGGUGGUCCCAACCCGCCUCCUAGCCAACCUUCGCGACUGCCUCCCGUCAAUGAAUCACAGUACUCACCAGCUUUCCCGACUGCUGCUAAUUCAACAAGUCUGAAGACCAGACCAAGUCCAGGUCCUGGUUCCCCACCUGUCAAUGGUAACCCUCAAGCUGCACAACGACCAUUCCAUAAUGCGCCACGGUACUCCCUCGCCGAUCCAGGGUCGAGUCCCAGCGCCUCUCCGCGACCUACUGGGCCUGCUUCGCCUGCAGUGGGACCCUCCAGGUAUCCCCAGUCUCAACAGCAACAGCCACCUCAAAGUGGGUUUGCAGAGCCUGCACCUGCGCCACGUCCUUCGAAGGGUCCUCAGACGUUCGCCGAGAUGGGUAUUGCUAGUACCAAAGCGGAGGAUAAGGAGUGCAUCAUCAUGUAAAAAAGCUGUCGAUACCCUCGGUUGCGCACAUACUCUCAUUACUAUCAUUUCUUGGAACACGUACUCUUAUGAUAUCCACCAUAAUCUGGACUACCCUAUUUAGACGAAUGACAAUUACUUAUUCAGAAGAGACAUUUGGGUGUACAUAUAAAUACGAUGCGCUAUAGACAGCUCAUUUGAUUG